ACAGAAACAGGACCUAGAAGGAGCAGGACCCGUCUCUAACCGCCACCAUGAAGUUUGUGCGCUUCAUAAUGAAAAACGCCGCGUUGGCCAGCGCGCCCAAGCACAUCGAGCAUUUCUCCAAAUUCUCCCCGUCUCCGCUCUCCAUGAAGCAGUUCAUCGAUUUCGGUUCCAUCAACGCCUGCGAGAAGACGUCCUUCGUCUUUUUGAGGCAGGAACUGCCCGUGAGGCUCUCCAACAUCAUGAAGGAGAUCAACCUCUUGCCGGACAAGCUGCUCACUACCCCCUCUGUUCAGAUGGUGCAGAGAUGGUAUAGUCAGAGCUUAAUGGAGAUCCUUGAUUUCCUGGACAAGAAUCCAGAUGACCACAGAGUGCUUGCAGAGUUUGUCGACACCUUGGUCACCAUCAGAAACAGACACAACGACGUGGUGCCGACCAUGGCGCAGGGGGUCAUAGAAUACAAGGAGGUCUUCCCCCAGGAUGUGGUCACCAACCAGAACAUCCAGUAUUUUCUGGAUCGCUUCUACAUGAGCCGCAUCUCCAUCCGAAUGCUGAUCAACCAGCACACUCUUGUGUUUGAUGGCACCACUAAUCCAGUCCACCCAAACACAAUAGGAAGCAUUGACGCUCAAUGCAACGUGGGAGAUGUAGUUCAGGAUGCCUUCCAUAGUGCAAAGAUGUUGUGUGACCAGUAUUACCUGCGCUCUCCCGAUCUGGUUCUGCAGGAAAUGAACCACAAAACGAAGAGUCACCCAAUAAGCAUCGUUUAUGUACCCUCUCACCUUUACCACAUGCUGUUUGAGCUGUUCAAGAACGCAAUGAGGGCUACCAUUGAGACCCACGAGAGCAGCAACAACCUCCCACCCAUUAAAGUCAUGGUGUCUCUCGGUGGAGAGGACAUGUCGAUCAAGGUGAGCGACAGAGGCGGCGGCGUCCCCUUUCGCAGGAUCGAGAAGCUUUUCAGCUACAUGUACUCCACGGCUCCUGCGCCACAGAUAGGCAACCAUUCCAGGACACCUCUGGCUGGAUUCGGCUACGGUCUUCCCAUCUCGCGUCUCUACGCUAAGUACUUCCAGGGCGACCUGCAGUUUUACUCCAUGGAGGGUUUCGGCACAGACGCCGUCAUCUACUUGAAGGCUUUGUCCACGGACUCCAUCGAGAGGCUGCCAGUGUACAACAAAACCGCUCUGAAGAACUACAAAGUGUGCCAGGAGGCGGAUGACUGGUGCGUGCCCAGUAAAGAGCCGUUAGACCUCCGCAAAUACAAGGUGGCCUAGUCAGGAAGACCGCAGCCAUUGCUUUAAGACUACAAAGACUGGAUUCUCCAUGAAACUUGUCCUUGUAUUCCCAUGGGAUCAUCUGCCGAGGCAGACGCGCUUCUUUUACCUCCCAGAACCGGAGCAGAGUUCAGCCCGUAUCACCAGUAGUUCGUUAUGUCCAUCUCCUGUCAUCCGUUUUGGUUACUGCAAUAGAAAAUUCAAAACCUGCUAACCGGACGCUUAACCAAUGUCAGCAUCGAGACCUGGCGAGGCAGCCCGAGCGCUGCAGCAACAAGAGUCGGCACCAAGCGGGAGAAAGUGGAGUCCUGUGCAGGUAGGGGGGCGGAGAGAGAGAGAGAGAAGAGGCACCCAUCCCGGUACGGGUGUCAGAAAAUGAGAGCAAAGUCAGAGUAAGAGUGGACUGAAGAAGAAGAGGAUGUAAGAGAUCCAGCAGUUUUGAGUCAAAUGUAAAAGCUUUUCCAGAACGGGGAAAGGCCUUAUGGGAGCAGAUCCUCCCAAAGGCACGUCUUGUUAAAGAUACUUGAACUUUCACAACUCAUAUGUGCACCUUAAAUUUUGUGGUACUGUAACACUUUUAGGUUUGAAGAUUUUAAGCAAAUGCAAGACUCUAAGUUUGUUUUUAAUUUAUUUUCUUUGCAUGAAUAUUCUUGCAGACUUUUUGAAUUUCAGCUUUUGCAAAUAUAUAUAUAUAUACAUAUAUAUAUAUAUAUAUAUAUAUAUAUAUAUAUAUAUAUAUACUGAUCUCGUGCUCAGUUUUCUGGACCAGGUUGAAUUUAUCGUUUUAUUUUUGUUUGUGUGCAUUGUUUUUUUUUUAAUGGGCACUAUUUUCAAGAAGCUGCAGCUCCAUUGGGCCCAAGUGUUUUGUCAGUACAUGAGUAUUUGCCAGCCUUGUCUGAAGGCCACAUGCUUUAAGACAAAUUCAUUAUAAUAUGUGUGUUAUUAAGCCCCAGUGGGUGCCAUGUUUGUGGUUUUAAAAGGCCAGUUUUUUCAUACACUGUGCCAAAGGAGACUGUCGUGGGUCCAGAUGUGUUCGGAAUAGUUUUGGUUGUGUUUCGCUAACCCAGGCAGUAUGUACAAGUUUAUUUUAUUUUUUAUAGCUACACUUUGUGACUGAAAAUAAUUGUAAAUGCUGUAAAUAAAAACAGAAAUACCUG